UACACAUAAGCAGGAUGAGUUAACCUUAUCAUUAUUAGAGGCUAUAGUUAAUGAGUGUUAAUGGGUGUCACUGAUUAGUCUUCCUCUCUGUCUCUUCCCCCCUCCAAUGCUCAACAGCUGGAAAUUAAUACUUUAGGCUCCCUUUAUAAAUACAACAAUCUGGGGUGGGCAUUUUUUUUUUUAACAGACAGGAACUGAAGGAGAAAGACAACAAGUCAAGAAUAAUGUUUUUACUAUUGCUUCAGAUGCUGCUGAUUUCAUGGCUUGCAACAGCAGAGCAAAGAGGGGAAAUGCAGCAGCAAAAGAAGAGAGUCCCAUACAUCCUGCCCCACAAUGUGCUGACAAAGUAUGUAGGGGAAUCCAAAGGAACUCUGCGGGAACCUGAGGGGUCAGUGGUAUCAUUGGCAGAAAUGGAAAUCAAACAGCAAGACUUGCCACAAAGACCUCAUUUUCUUUUCCCGUAUAACGUUCAGCGUGCGGCUGAUGAUUUGGAAAGCUGGGCUUCUGCAAGCAAAGCCCCAGCCUUUACGGAUCUAAAACACCCACCUUCUCACCCACAGACAAAGAGGGAAGCAGGGUCACCCUUCAGAAAAGAUGCCAAAAAAUUCUGGGACCUUUUUAUGUUGAAAACCAAGUCAAGAUCUGAAGAGGUGGUCCUUCCAAUCAAGAUAAAUGAAAUUUACCAGAUUUGCAAUAUGCUUCCUUUCUCUCAGAGCAUUACGCAUGAAAAUUGUGAAAGGCUGGUGAUACAAAACAACCUGUGCUUUGGGAAAUGCAGUUCUUUCCAUGUUCCUGGCACUGAUGAUCGCAUGUAUAGUUUUUGUUCCCACUGCUCACCCACCAAAUUCUCCAUGAAGCAUCUGAAGAUGAAUUGUACCAUGGUUACUCCAGUAAUCAAGGUGGUUAUGAUUAUUGAAGAAUGCAGGUGUGAAGUAUUCAAAUGAGCAUUAUCAUGACUGAAAGUAAAUGACUUGACUUUCAAUAGAAUGUGUAUCUGCAAAGAGCCAUGAAUGCUGCUAAAUCCUAUCACAAUAGUUUGCAACUGCCUUGAUAAAAACUCUUGUAGCCAAUAUAAAACAGAAGACACUCCAAACACAAUCACAGCUUGGUAUGUUUAUUAGCAACAAUAAUUCUAAUAGGCUUCAUACAUCCUUUGUUAGGUAUAUACUUCAGGUAUGUGUUUUAUGUACAUUUUAGAACAAAAGUAUGACUCUGAUAAAUGUGGAACAGACAGGUUAAGACAGUAAGGACCGUCUGCAAAUUUUGUUGGCAUAAAUAUUUAGGGAUAAAGCAAAGCUUUCUCUGACUCCUUCUGCACCAUAAUAUCAAUUGUAUAAUGUGAGUAAUCUACCAUCCAUAAUAAAACUAUAGAAUACUGACUUCCUAUACAAUUUGAAUAAAACAAUGUUUCUGAAUUUAUGGAAUGAAAUUAGUGAUCUCUUACAAAGUAUGCAAAACAAGUUAGUUUCAAGACCUUUAACAUGUAUUUUUCAAAGUCACAUUAAUUUUCACUAAAUGCCUUGUCUUGCUGUGUUACUCAUUUUUGAAGCUUUGUGGAUGUAUCCUCCUUACUUGCAUUUGGGUAUAAAAUGGAAAUGAGGGUGCUACAAGCAGUAUAGUAUGUCCAAUAAAGCUUACGUUGCCUUUACCUCUCCAACUCUGUGUAUGCUGCCUUAUAUUUGAAUUUCAAAGGGCAAAAAAAAUCCCUGAAUCAGAACUGAAGGAAAAUCAGGCUACCAGUUUUAGGCUGCAGAAUUCCAGAUUUUGUAGCCCAGGUCUAAAGGCUCUGAAUAUGAUAUCAAGUUGAUUAGGUCAACUGCUUAUUUUUAAAAAACUGCAAUACUAUAGUAUAUGAUUAUACUAUAACCAGAAGAAAAUGUGAUAUAAUUUAUUAAAUUAAUAUGCUGAGUUACUCUUAAUAAAUAUACUGGAACUCAAGACCUAUUAAAGAAUAUAACUUCCCUCAAUUCCUAAUAGUUGAUGUGUACAAUUGCACUUUAAAAAAUUUCCCCCAUAUUUGCAAGUAGGUAUAUCUAUACCAUUAUUUAGUUCAGUAGACUUUGGGCACAAAACAGUACAGUAUUACAUCAAUCCCAGUUCUAAGAAGUGUGAGUUUAGGGUUACUGCUGAUGCCUCUUAAUGAGUAAAGUUGUAAUUUUCAAACUAUCAGCAACAGUUAAAGGAGGGGUAUAUUAAAUGAGAAAAAACUUAUCUAAACACAUUUUUCACCAUGAUCUCAAUAUCAAAUUAUUUCUCAAGUAUUCAGUUCUCUGAGUAAAGAGACCACAACCAAAAUUUCUAACCACCUCUUAUCAAGAAAUGCUAUCCACCUCAGAGGGAAUUCUUUACAGGAAGAACUUGCUGGAUUGGGGCUGAAGUGUGAAUAUGCACCAUUUAGAAAGCAAGUGUAAAGAGAAAACAGCAGCUGUAGUAAUUGUUAAUUAGAUUAAUGCCUUAGCUGGGGGGGUGAGUGUUUAAUUAACCCAGCAAUGAUCAGCUGCAUGUAAUUAACACUGUAUUCUGUUAUAUCAAGGAUGUGUUAAUUGGAUCUGAUUUUAAGAGUCAACUUCCAUAUUCAGACCAAGUUGAGCCCAGGUGCUAACAGAAUAUUGCUCCAAAAAUAAAAAAAAAAGGGAAAGGAAAGGGAAAAGAUUGGAGCCAGAGGAGAGUGGUCAAGGGCUUCAGUACAAUCACAUUUCACUGUACAUGGGACAAGGGCUGUUCUGAAAAGUACCCUAUGUAUUAUGAUUUUUUAAAAUUAAUUAAAUAUUCUGGUUUUUUAAAGGUAUUUCCAGCUGGAGAAGUAAUUAACAGUUCCCCAUUAUUGCUAUGCUGUAUCAUAGUUAAAUAUAAGUAAUUGUCAGUCUCUAGAGUACAUUUUUUCUGUUUCAAAAAUUAGGUUAAUUAACAUAAAUAGCUGUUCAGUAUCACAAAUGUCCCAGUAAUGCCUCUAACAAUUAACGAAGUAUUGCAUGUUUAUUGUUAGCAGAGUUUCUAGGGACAGGGAGGGAGGGGUGGCAACUGCAAUAACUUGAAAAUAUGUGAGCAAUAUUUAGUACUGAAAUGUUAUUAGGUGCUAAAACAUAUUCUUGUAAGAAAAUAGGAAUGGGCUACCAUGGCUAUCAAAUAUAUUAUAAUGUAUAUUUAAGAUCUACAAAUGGACAGUGGAAGAUCAGAUUCUAGCAUCAGGGACAAUUAUGUAGGCUGUUUGUGCAAAGAAACAGAUCAAAAGUUGGACAUUUGCCUAAUACUUAAAGUCCAAAUUGAAUUGGGUUAAUUGGUAAGGUUGUCAUGCACGAACAUGCUUUUUUUGUCAUAAACUAUUAAUCUUAUAGUUUAGUCCCUUUAAUUAUUUGUAAGUUAUUCAUAGCACAAGCAUAUACAUGUGUACUCAGAAGUAACCCCUAUUAGCUCAACAGUAUUUUCCAGGAAGGUAGGAAUUGGAUUGCAACUUUAAGCCACAGUCCUUUAGACACUUUCUUCAAAGCACUUCCUUUUUAACUAAGCAGGGCUCACUUCUGAAUAGACAUGUACCGGCAUACAACUGCAACACAACAGCCAGUUUAGUAGCUAAGGUGCUGGACCAGAAACCAGGAAACCAUGAGUUCUAGUUCUCCUUUAGGUGUGAAAGCCAGCUGGAUGACUUUGGCCCAGUUACUUUCUUACAACUCACCUCACCUCACCAGAGUUGUUGUGGGAAAAAGAGAAGAUGGGACCAUUAUGUACACUGCUUUGAGUUGCACAGACCAAAGGCAGAAUAUAAAUCAAAUAAAGAUACUGUACUAAAAUACUGUCAAACUGCCUGUAUGAGAGCCCAGCUAAUCCAGACCUAGUAGUUUUCAUUAAACGAACGAAUGCAGAGGUACAUUAUCCUUUAGGAAGAUUUGUAUGUUCAUGUACAUCUCAUUAUAUCCCAGCCUUGUUCUCUCUAAAUUGGUAAACCUAUAUCAGGUCUAUAUUGCUACAGAUUGUGAGAUCAUGAAAGUCAUGUAGUAGAAUGCUUUUUUUCAUUAAAAAGGUCUUGAACAAUGAAAACCAGCAGGGAGAAAUUUAAGAUGGAACUUAUUCCCCCAUAUGUGAAGCUUUUUAGCUACAGCAUAUGAAAUAUUCCAUUUGUAUCAAUGAGCCCUACCUACUGUACCUACAAAUUGCAAUGGUACCAUUAGGUCACAGCCUUACUAUUCUGAGUAGAAACUAGGCCUUUCAAGCAGGCAUAGUUAAAUAGUACUGUUGCAGUGCUAUUUCAAAGGCAGUUUAUUCCAAAUGCAGAGGAUCAAGAUGUAAGCUGAAGCACCAUCAGUGUGUUUAUUUUAAAGGACUGGGGUCUAAACCUGUGCCUUUUCCAUUCAUUUAACAUUAAAAAUGAGGUUCAGUUCUUAUCUUUGGAGUAGGAAGCUCAUAUAUGUAUCCAAAAUGAUCCAUUGCUGUUCAUCUUAAAACAUUCGUGAUGGAUGCAAAGAAAAGGUGCAGCUUCUGGUUCAAGAGGAUGCUUAUAGGAAUGACCCUGCCAAACGUUCUCAUGAAGAACCAGGCUUGUAAAUAACACCGUGCAUUCCCGUCUCUGAUUGGUUGCAUCCACAAGAGAGCAUCAGCUGCUUGGGCACAUGGCAUGAUUUUAGCCUGCUGAUUUAAUAUUUGCAGAGUGCCAAUAAAAUUUUUAUGAUGACAGCUGGUGAUUCCUGUGGUAAUUUAUAAACAACAACAUAACACAGACAUCAGGGAGCCCCAAGAAAGAUUCUGCAUGGCUGUGCAGUAUUUAGGGAUCUCAGAUACAAGGGUUUUUUUCCUCCCCCAAACAGAAGUGUAUUUAUUUGCUAGUAUGAUUUUGAGGAAACAGUGCAGAAUCCAGUGCUGAAAGACACUGUUUGGUACAAUUCAAAUUAAGGUGGUAGAAAUCCAUUCGAGUUAUUCAUAUUCCCACAUUUUCAGGACAAUGAUAUUCCUGAUGAUUUGCAAACUAUAUAAACAACUGUAAAUAAAACUACAAAAAAUAUUGAAAAAUAAAGACUUAUCUAAGAUUCAUCCCAGUACAGUAGGCAGUUGAUGAACACAGUGAGUUUGGUUGAGCAAGCUUUGAGGAUUAUCUGUAAGCUCUUGGUAGGUUUUGUAAAGCUGAUGCACCUUGAAAAAC